AUGGUUCGUCUUAAAAAUGUAGGGACUGACACGUUUAAUAAGAACCCUAAACCUCCAGUCACGAGGAAGAGGAAAUUGACCGCAAGUAACAAUGAAAAUGUAGAUCCAAAUUCAGAACCGGUGAAAAAUCAAAAUGAAAACAAAGGUUCAGCUGCAAAACUCACUACUAAAGCAAAUAUUCAACCUAAGAGAAGUAGAAAGAAAACCAAGGACGUGAACACUGAACCAAAUGCAGCAACGAUUAUUAGCGAUAAGUGUAAUAACAACACUAAACCUCCAGUCACGAGGAAGAGGAAAUUGACCUCAAGUAACAAUCCAAACUCAGAACCGGUCAAAAAUCAAUCUGAAAACAAAGGAGAUGCUGCGAAAGUCACUGCGAAAGCAAAAAUUCAACCUAAGAGAAGCAGAAAGAAAACAGAGGGUGUUAACAAUGAACCAAAUGGAGCAACGAGAAUGAGUGGACCAUGUAUACCUCUCAAAUAUAUUUUUAGAAAACUAUUUGAUGAUGUUGAAGGCAUAUCUAAACGAGCUACCAUCCCGACGAAGGAAAAGCCUAAACGUAAGAAUGGAAAACCAGUCGGGCCAACACUUUCUACACAAGAAAACGAGUCAAGGGUACAGAACUUACAAACGAGGAAGAGACAACGUGGAAGGAGAGUACUGCAGGAUAUCUCAAACUUGCCAGAUGACGAUGAUGUUUCCGUAGGACUUUCGGAUGAUAACCUGGAUGAAGAACGACCACAUAACUAUCCGGAUCUUUUAAACUCUGAUGAAGACGAUGAAGGGGAUUACAAACACAUUUUUCAAUGUAGUAGUCCUGAUAGCACAGACACAGAAGAUGGUGAUAAUGAUAAAUACCAACCUUCUCCAUCACAUCUGCAAGAAACGCAUAUCUCCGAACAAAAACCUCCUUCGACCGUACACAUAGUUCCAACACUUCCUGAGAGUGUGAUUACUCAAGAAACUGUUCAACCUUCUCCAACUCUGAAAAAACGAAAGAGAGUUAGUAUGGCAAAAAAGAAAGAAACUGUACCCGAUAAGAUUGUAUACAAUGACGAGGGUGACAUGACUUAUUCGUGCGUGCAUUGUGGUGCUAAAUUUUGGUAUGGAGAACGACUAAACAGAAGAAGGAGGACGGGGGAUCCAUCAUUCAACCUUUGUUGUAUGCACGGCCAAGUCAAAUUGCCUUUACUAAAGGAUCCUCCUGCUCUUAUUUAA